AUGGCCUUCGAUCAAAAACUCAAGUUGUUCUACCUUCCUGGUGCCUGUUCUUUGAACCCUCACAUUAUCCUCCAUGAAGCCAAGUUCCCAAACGUUGAGUAUGUCAAGGUUGGCAGAAACGACAAGGGUCAAUUCACCGUCGGCAAUGAAUUGUUGACUGAUGUCAAUCCCAAGGGCCGUGUUCCUGCCUUGGUUCUUGAGAACGGUCACGUUAUGACUGAAGGUUCCAUUAUCGUUCAAUACUUGGCCUCUUUGGCUCCUGAGGCUAAGUUGCUUCCUCAAGAAGGUCAAUCCAAGUGGGAUGCUCUUGAGCUUCUUAAUUUCUGUGCCAGUGACUUGCACAAGUCUGUUGGUACUUUGUUCAAGCCUUAUGCCAGCGACGAGUUCAAGCAGGCUCACAAGGCUGGUGAAGUCGCUAGAAACUUGAAGUACAUCAACGAACUCCUCUCCAAGAACGAAUACCUCUUUGGCUCUGAGUUCACUGCCAUUGAUUCUUAUGCCUACACCUGUACCAGAUGGGCUGUUAACUUGAAGGUUGACUUCUCCGAGUACCCCAACAUCACUGCCUGGCAAAAGAGAAUGGAGGCUAGACCCUCUGUUAAAAAGGCUCUUGAGGAGGAAGGCAUUCCUCUCUUGUUCCCAUAA